AGCAGCAGAUCAGUCAGGACUCAGGAGUCUGUCUCUAUCUCGCUCACAGAGCAGUGGCGCACUGGCAGCUAUUGCGCGCAUUCGUGCCGGGAUACUAUAGGUCGCUGGCGGGGAGACUCGUCUGUGUUGUAGCGUUAAAUUAGUGCUUUUAUUUGUGAUGCUCGUAUUCUGAAAGUUUGAUGCGUUAUAUUGUUGAUUUGUGUAUAGGCUUUUAUAUAUGUAUAUUAGUAGUUGUAUGACAGUUGGGGUUAAUUGGAUGUUCACCCCAUAAUUACGCGCAUAGUUAAAGAAUAAAUUAUAUGCUAAUGGUAGCAGCACAACAGCAAAACUCAGGUUGAUUAGUCAUUUAGGUGUAACUGGACAUUGUGAGACGUUCAUCUUUAUUUAAUACAAAGUCACAGCGCGGCAUUAAACAUGAUGAUGAACAUUGUCGUGGAGUUUUUCGUGGUCAUGCUCAAAGUUCUCUGGGCCAUCGUGAUGGCCGGACUCAAGUGGCUCAUACGGCCGAAGGAGAAGAGCGUAGCGGGACAGGUGUGCGUGAUCACCGGGGCGGGCGGCGGACUCGGGCGGCUCUUCGCCAAAGAGUUCGCCCGGCGCCGGGCUACACUGGUGCUGUGGGACAUCAACAGCCACAGCAAUGAGGAAACUGCGGAGAUGGUGCGACAGAUCUACAGAGAGCAAGAUGACAACUCGAUGGCUAAAGAGGUCCAGGUAGCUUUGUCUUUUGUAGGUAUUAAAUAA